UGGCUGCUCAAUUCCAACGCGGACUUCGAACGGGGAGCUUACGCGUAUAUCAAUUGUUUUUAUUGCCGAUUAGGAGUUUCCGUUGGCGUUCGUCGCAGUUAUCGGUCGGUAUUAAACACGCGUUUAUUUUACGUACUAAGUUAUGUGCAAGCUUCGCGUCGAAAAUAUCAAAUUUGUCUAAUAGGAAAACUGUUACUUUCCAGCAGGAGCAUAAUUUUGAAACUUAUAAAGAUGAAGUGAAAAUAAAGCUGAUAAUAUUGUGAGAUUUACAUGUUACCAGGGUACGCGACGGGUUAAAAAAUAAAAUAAAGAAGAAAAUGUAAAGUGGAAUAAAACUAAAAAAACAAAAUAACUACUUUCAUUGACAUUUAAGUUCAGUGUUGUACAAAUUCUUAACUGAGAAACUAUCAAGUUUCGAAAGUAAAAACGAUACUAUGAAAAAUUAUUGAAAAACUAAUGGGAAAUUCUCAAAACUCGUAGAUAAGCGAUCUGUUCAAAUUUGUGCGUAACUACCCCAAACUACUGCAAAAUAAUAUUUAACUUCAUCUGCGAAAUACCAGUAAAGACACAGCAGCAGCCGUAAUUUAAAAAUUUAACAAAGUGAAAAGUUGUCUGUCUGCAUUGUCAUUAUUUAUAAAAUUUAUGUGAUCGAGUGCCACAUUAUGCUACCCCAGACUAGUGGUAAAUUUAUAUAUUUGCGCCGCAAUCAUACACUGCCGCCUCAUUGACCGAUCAACUGAGCAUAUCUAGUUCAAUACAUAACGGUUGCCUAGAGUUCAGUUGUCACCGGCGGGGAACUAACCGAACGCCAUCAACUCACUAAUACCAUCAUCUGCUCGCGCUGAAUGCGGUACAACACAUAGUAUUUGUAGUAGCAGUGCGCUUUAUUGUCGGCCGGCAACUGAGCUAACAGCAAAAAAAAAAAACAUAACAUCUGUGUGUACCGACCAAUAACAAUUAGUCACCCGAAUAUCCGCUACAGGAAUUGUGGAGCCAAAGUUGAAAAUUACAACCUGCAAACUGCGGCGACGGCGACGGCAUUUAGUGGCAAUUGUGACGAUCUCGUUUGAUUUAUGGCUGCAUGCGUUUUGUUGGACCGUUGUAUUUAUAAGUUGUUUAUGAUUAUGUUAUAAUCAAUGCUUUUUAUAGUGAAUGAAGUGCAUAGUUAACACUGAAUUUGGUGGAACAAAAUACUGUGACAAUUUUAAAAGUAAUGUAUAAUUAUAACAAUUAUAUAAUUGGAAAUUUAAACUGAAGCCGAUUAAAAGAUAAUACAUCGUACAUGAUCAACGUACACUAACAACGUUUCAUCUACAUCAGUGCAGUCGUUUUACUUAGAUAUUUAAAAAGCUGUAAACACGAAUUGACUGGCUUGAAAAUUUUGCGCUUACCUCAGCUCCUAAAUAAACCGACAACAUGGAUCCCGACUGUUUUGCAAUGUCUUCAUAUCAGUUCGUCAAUUCGCUCGCCUCUUGCUAUCCCCAACAAAUCAACCCUCAGCAAAAUCAUGCAGGGAACCCCACCGGCGGAGCAAGUGUCACAAACAGUACUGGCGGCCCUGGAACGAGUGGCGGUGGCAGUGGUUCCGGAGGACAAAGCAAUUCUAGUGCUGGCACUCCUGGCGGCAAUGAUUACUUUCCAACUGCCGCUGCCUAUUCACCAAAUCUGUACCCAAAUACACCACAAUCCCACUAUGCCAACCAGGCGGCGUACAGUUUAGGUGGGACAGGAGGAGGUGGACAACAAAAUCCCGACAUGGUGGACUACACUCAGUUGCAGCCGCAACGAUUGCUUCUACAACAACAGCAACAACAUGUGCAUGCGACGGCGCAACAUGCCGCUCAACAGCAACAAUCACAUCCGCAACAACAACAGCACCAGCAGCAACAACCAGCGCAACAACAAACCAAUCUUAUUUGCAAAUACGCCAAUGAUCCCUCAACGCCCACCGGCAACAAUAACAACACCAACACCAGCAACAACAACACAAACACUCAAUCUUUAGCCAGUCCACAAGAUCUGUCGACGCGGGAGAUCUCACCGAAACUGUCACCUACGUCAGUGGUGGAGAGUGUGGCAAGAUCGCUAAACAAAAGUGUUUUAAGCGGCAAUCUGGCCGCGGCAGCAGCGGCGGCCAACAUAACAAACAAUCAUGGCGGUGUAGGUGGCGGCGGCGGGUCUGGCGUGAAUGUCAACGUCAAUGUGAAUGUGCCAAUGCACAGUCCUGGAGGUGGGGACUCCGACUCGGAAAGCGAUAGCGGCAACGAGGCUGGUAGUAGUCAAAAUAGUGGAAACUGCAAGAAAAACCCACCUCAGAUUUAUCCGUGGAUGAAGAGGGUACAUUUAGGACAAAGUACUGUUAAUGCCAAUGGCGAGACGAAGCGACAACGGACCUCAUAUACCCGCUAUCAGACGUUAGAGCUGGAGAAAGAAUUUCAUUUUAAUCGAUACCUGACCCGCCGAAGGCGCAUUGAAAUCGCGCACGCGCUAUGCCUCACCGAACGACAGAUCAAGAUCUGGUUCCAGAAUCGUCGCAUGAAAUGGAAAAAAGAGCACAAGAUGGCUUCUAUGAAUAUUGUACCAUAUCACAUGGGUCCAUACGGUCACCCUUACCAUCAAUUCGAUAUUCAUCCGUCACAAUUCGCCCAUUUGAGUGCAUAGGACGCGUGGCACUUUUCGGGUACUGGUUAGAGACUCAAUCAGUUGUAUCAGGAACCAUAUCAGACGGCGGCAGCAGCUAGUGUAGCAGCUGGCGGAUAUCAGACACAAAACACACAAGACUCCAGCAUGGCCCUGGGCGGUGGUGCAGGCGUCGGCGUAGGGGUUGGGGUCGGUACGGGCGGCGGUAAUUCACUGUUCGCUUCAGCGGCCGCCUCCAAUUCUGAAUGUGUCAAAUAUCCACAAGAGUUCUGAUCUCAAAUUAUCUUCAGAGAACAUCCACAGCAAUUGCAACUACAACAAGAGCACGAGCAUCAACAACAACACCAAUACCAGCAACAACAUUUAGAACAACACUCGCUGCAUCAUCAUCUCAUCAACCAGACCGAACGUAAUCCCAUUCUUCAACUAUGCGAAGAAAAAGAUUUGUGCGAAGAUGCAGAAACAACGACAGAACUGGAGUUCAAAGACGAAAUCGUUGGUGGUGGUUGUAACAUGUAUUGUUGCUGAGAGAUGCUAAUGUUGUUGUUGCAAUAAAACUGUAGAUGUUUUCGAGACUGCUGCAGUAGCUGCUGCUAGCGACUGCUAACAACAAGAACAACGAUGAUAAUUUCUGAAUGCAACUGAUUUGUGCUAAGCAAGCAACGAGCCUCUAAAUAUGAAUAUGGCUUUCGUGGAGAUUUGGCAAAUAACGCCGAAACUUCCGAGAGUGGCUCGUGCAGGUUUAUGAUACUGGUCAGCAACAGAGGAAUUUCAAAGCGUUUUUUCGUUUCAUUUUGAAUCUUGUAAAUUCGUGAUGUGCACGUUGAAACUCCUCUCUUUAUCAUUUAUAAGUACCUCAAUGGACUGACAAAGCUUUAAACUGAAGACUUUGCAUUUCGUCCUCUUUUUCGUGAAAUUGCGAAAACCGUCCAGUAUGAUAAACCGCUAUAUUCUCUAAGCAGUAUUCGAAAAGCAACUAGUUCUAAGUAAACAAUCAGCACUGCCGUCCGCUCAAUUACUGAGGUGAAUGAUAGAAUUCGAAAUUUUAAAUAUUCGAAAAAUGUUUUAUCAAACAUAUGUAUUUGUAUUUUAUUUAUUAGUGAAGGGCAAAAAAUGCUUUGGCAUCGGCGGCAGUGCUGAAUUUAGUGUAAAUGUAGUUUAAUCUCCAAACAUUGUACAGACUAAUACAGUACUCCACAAACUGUCUCAGAAACUUUUUUGGUUAUUUUUUUGUUUUAUGUUUUCUGAUCAUAUUAGCCUCAGCACCUCAGCACCUCUCAAACUUCAGCGAUUCAAAAAACACUUGAGAAUUGUUGAAAUGUUGAAAGGUGUUGCGACAACUUUUGAAGAGACAAAAUCUUGUUGAAUGCGCAACAGUACUUAAUUUCAUUUAAUACAAAUAUAAUACCAUAAUUAAAAUACACAAUAGCACUAUAUUAAAAAUAUUAUUAUUUGUUAGCGUACUCAUCUUUGUACAAAUCAUAUGUUUGUCAUGUAAAAUUAUGUUCAUGUUUGUAUAUAUUAAAAUUAUCUGUUUGAAUUUUGAAUUUUUUAUAAUAUAGCUUUACAUUGUUUUUGUUGACUCUGAACUUUUAAGCAUUUCCGGGCACUAGCAAAAUUUGCAACUGAACUUAACUAGCACGUGAUUUUAGAAAACUUUUAUUAAUAAUAAACAUUAAUUUAUAACCCAAUAACAAAACAAAUUCGGGGAAAACAGGACAUUUUUAGUAGUCAAUAAGACACAAGUUAAACACCUACUGCAAAUACAAAUCUGUACUGAUAUUGAAACCUAUAAACUUUUGCAAGAAAUCAUAAAUUUUGCUCUUGUGUAAAUUUUUGAUAUUAUUCUUAUUUCGUUUGUUAUUAGUCUUAUUAGCAAAUAUGAAGUUUCCAAACAUGAAAACUUUAUUUACUUUGGCGCAACACCAGACUCACAUGGAAAUUAUAAAAAUAUAUAUUUUUACUUAAACUUCAAACUUCACACUCUACUUGCAAAGGCAUUUGUAACGAUACAUACU